AUGGAUGAUACGAUUAGAUCUUUGAUUCGGUUUGUUGCGCGGGGCUUCUACCUGCGCCAGUACAUCUUGAUUCUUGAUGCUAUAUUGCUACAUUCCGUAUUGUCGGAGGAUGAUUUAUACUACUUAUUAGGAAUCAAUCCCAAGCAAUUAAGAGCACUUUGUUAUAAAUUGGUGGAAGAUAGAUUAUUGGUGAACCAUGUGCAGAAGGAAGAGAAUAACCAACAACGAUUAACUACUCGAACAUAUUAUUAUAUACAUAUUACUGAAGCAAUUGAUUCAAUCAAAUGGAAAGUGCAUACUUUAGUAAAUGAUUUAAAACAAGAAAUGUCAUUGUUGGGUAACCCUCAUGGGUACGUUUGUCCAAGGUGUGGGAAAAAAGUUAGUCAGUUGGAUGCAAUUUCUUUAUUAAGUGAUGAUAAAUUAAAUUUUGUUUGUGAUAACUGUAAUGGCAUCUUAAUUGAAGAUGAUUCAUAUCAACAAGCUUCAAUUAGACAAGCUAGAUUAGAAAAAUUAAUGUUACAAGUUGAUCCAAUCAUCUCUUAUUUGAAAAAAAUUGACGACUCUUAUAUCGAAGAUAAUAAUUUCGAACUGGCUUUAACCAUUGCUAUUCCAGCAAGAACUUCUUCUUCUGCUUCCUAUACCAUAUCAAAUCGUAUUAGCAAUAAAUCAAGAUCCAAUAUGUCUUCCUCUUUACAAAAUGCUGCUUCUAAGUCUCAAGCUACUCUUAACGUUUCAAUUACUGCUAACGAUGAAAAUUACGAACGUGAACAAUUAGAAAAAGAACAAAGAAGACAAAAAUUAGAACAGAACGCUUUACCUUCCUGGCACUCGGCAAGUACCGUUGGUAAAAUGUUAGGUAAAUUAGAUAGCGAAGAAUCUUCUAAAGAAACAACCCCUACAAUUAAAGAAGAAUCAACCGAUAUUAAAGAAGAAUCUUCUACUCCCCAAAUCGAACCAUCCGAUCAAGUCCAAUCCGCCCCAGCAAACCCUCCAACUCUGGAUUCAAAAGAUCAAGCCGCUCAAGAUGUUUUGGCAGCUUACUAUGCGGAUUUGGCUGAACGUGAAGCGGAUGACGACGAUGACGACGAGGAAGAGGACGACUUCGACGAA